GUCCAAAGUUUCGCAAUGAACUCGUUCCUUUUUACCUUCCUGUGCGCCUUGGGUCUCUGUGCCGCCCUUCAGGUGUUGGCCGACUCGGAGACUGAUGUGGAGUUGUUGGCUGUAAAAAGCGUCCUGGCCUCGUCCUCGGAACAGCGUGAAAUCGUGAACAAGCACAACGCUCUGAGGAGAGGUGUGAGUCCCUCUGCCAGCAACAUGCUGAAAAUGAGUUGGAACGGAGAGGCUGCAGCCAACGCUCAGAAGUGGGCCAACACCUGUUCCAUGAAGCACAGCCCGCCCAGCGCCAGAGAGAUCAGCACUAGCGGCUGUGGAGAGAACUUGUACAUGGCCAGCCACAAGAACACCUGGAGCAACGCUAUCCAGUCGUGGUAUGACGAGGUCAAGGACUGGCGCUACGGAAUGGGAUCGGUCAACGGAGGCGUAGUUGGACACUUCACGCAGAUUGUUUGGUACAGGUCCAACCAGAUUGGGUGCGCUAUGGCCCACUGUCCCAACUCACGCUAUAAGUACUUCUACGUCUGCCACUACUGCCCACCUGGAAAUUACCAGUACGCUCGUCCCUACAAGUCAGGACCCUCCUGUGCCGACUGCCCCAACGCCUGUGAGAACAAAUUGUGCACCAACCCCUGUCCUUACACUGACCAGUACAGCAACUGCCCCGAGCUGAAGCAGCAGUGGAGCUGCGAAAACAGCAACGUCGCUUCUUGGUGUCCCGCCUCUUGCAAGUGCACCUCACAGAUUAGUUAAUAUGUUGCAUCGAAUAAAAAAACGUCGUGUGUACCCUUA